CAGGAUCCAUUGUGGCCCCUGACUCGAACGCAUCAAUGAAAUGCGAAAGUAAUGAAUGGCAUGAAAUCGGCUGGCGGCCUGCUGGCGGCCUCGGUGGCUUGUCCUCCUCUUUCAAUAUCAAUUCCAAUGCCAUCGCUCCCAUCUUCCUGCUGCAACAUAUUUCUCGUCUUUCACUGAGGUGCUGCUCUGCUCAGGGCGGUGUCCCUGCAGUCUCUCGUUCUUUAAGCCAGCCGUUCACCGAUUUCACUCUUUUUUGCUGCCAGUUUCUCUCAUUACGAACCUUGAUUUUCUGCGGUGCAAUUCCACCAUGAAGUUCGCUCUUCUUGCCUUUGCUACUUCGCUCGUGGCCUCGACCUUGGUCGCUGGCGCGCCACGGGUCGUCCGAGUCCAUCCCUCCGACAUCAAGCCCCGGCGGACCGGGGGCACCAGGUUCAAGGUGUCGCAGAUUCACAAUGCCAACUUCAGACAGCACGGCAAGGGCCCCAGGGCUCUCGCCAAGGUCUACAACAAGUUCAACAUCGAGCUGCCCUCGGACCUGGCAGACGUGCUCCAGACCAUCCUCACGGAGCUGGGCCUCGGUGACUUUCUGACGGAGAAGAUCCCCGGCAGCGGGUCUACGGGCGGUGGAUCCGGCAACGCCGGGCCGCCGUUCGCGAACCAGACAGAUGACCAAGGCGAGGUCUCUGCCACGCCGCAGCUCUUCGACGUGGAGUAUCUGGAGCCCGUCCAGAUCGGCACGCCGCCCCAGACGUUGAUGCUCAACUUCGACACCGGCUCGUCCGACUUGUGGGUGUUCAGCAGCCAGACGCCGAGCAACCAGCAGAACGGCCAGAAGCUCUACGACAUCGAGAGCAGCACGACCGCCCAGCGGCUCGACAACCACACGUGGUCCAUCACGUACGGAGACGGCAGCAGCUCGGCCGGCAAUGUGUUCCUCGACACCGUCAGCGUCGGCGGUAUCACCGUCUCCAAGCAAGCGAUCGAGUCCGCCACGACCGUCUCCGACUCCUUCACGCGGGACACCGCGUCCUCGGGUCUGCUCGGCCUGGCCUUCGACUCGAUCAACCAGGUCCGCCCGACCAAGCAGAAAACCUUUAUCUCCAACGCACUGGAUUCCCUGGAGCUGCCGCUGUUUACUGCGAACCUCAAGAAGGGCAAGCCCGGCAACUACAACUUCGGCUUCAUCGACCCCACCGAGUUCACGGGCGACCUUUCCUUCGUCGACGUCGACAGCAGCAACGGCUUCUGGCAGUUCGAAGCCUCGGGCUUCUCGCUCCCGGCCGCCAACAGCACGGGCGGCAGCAACUCGACCGCGGCGCCCGGCGUGGCCGUCUCCCUGCCGCACACGGCCAUCGCCGACACGGGCACGACGCUCAUGAUCCUGCCGGCCGCCAUCGCCGAGGCCUACUACGCGCGCGUGGCCGGCGCGCAGAACAACACGCAGAACGGCGGGUGGGUGUUCCCGUGCAACGCCGCGCUGCCGGCCCUGACCCUGCACAUCGGCACCUACCGGGCCGUCGUGCCGGGCGAGCUGAUCAAGUACGCGCCGGCCGACACCGACUCGUUCGAGACGGCCACGUCGUGCUUCGGCGGCAUCCAGACCAUGCAGGGCGUGCCCUUCGCCAUCUACGGCGACAUCUUCCUCAAGGCGCAGUUUACCGUCUUCGACUUCGACGGGCCGAAGCUGGGGUUUGCGCCGAAGCCGCUCUGAAGUUAAUAAGAGUUAAAUAGUGAGCGGCCCUAAUAUGACGGGGGGAAGAAGAUGGAUGGGUGGUUUCUUCGAGCUGUGUGUAUUUUAUCCAGGUAGUGAUUGAUUCUUUUGAGGGUCGCAGGCGCGGCCGUCAGCGUCAUAGACGGUGACGAUAGACUGGGGUGGG